GCGUGUGUGGUCUCCUGCGGCAGGGUUGAGCAGCGGGCGUGUCUUCGGCGGCUGUGGCAGGCGUCACGCUGUGGGGGCAGAACGAUUCCCGGAGAUGGACGUUCGCAGCAACAAGGACGGUCUGCGCGAAGAGGAGAUCGACGCGGUGGCGAUGGCGGUUAUUGCCGUCGUCAUGAACACGAUGGGCGACAUGUCGUCGUCAUCAAGCGACAUGCUGACGCAGCUCCGUAAACGAAGAGCGUUGUUGCAGCGCAUUGCCGAAGCGCCGGUUUGUGUGGCCACGUGUGAGGCAGUCGUCCAGUUGUGUGGUGCGCUGUCAUCUGGCGUUUUCCCGCGGCAGACCCCGCGUUGGUGGAUUAAACGACGGACUGGCGGAACAUCGGAGGAUCUCCGCCUCUGUGAUGAUGCGACGAACGAGUACUACCGGCAGAAGUUACGUAUGGCGAUGGCCAUGUUCAAGCAGAUUGUAGUCGCGUGCGCCGCGUACGUGGAGAAGAAGGUGACGCACUAUAGGAUGCCAUUGCGAGUGGAGCAGGUGAUCGCUUUCGCGUUGUACAGGUGGGCGUCAGGAGAGACGUACGAGAGCGGGACGUCAGCCUUCAGCAUCGACAGGGCAACUGGACUGCAGGCCGUCCUCGACGUCACUUCGGCGCUGCUGCAGGCGUGCCCCGACGGGAUCAAGUGGCCAGUUGGCCGUAGACGUGCGCAGAUUCUGCGCGCAUUCCGUGACAAGGGUUUCCCGAACUGCUUCGGCGCGAUCGACUGUACACACAUCUACAUUGACCAGCCCGUCGGCGCACCUUCGGACAACUUCUACGACCGCAAACAAAAGUUCUCCGUGCAGGCGCAGGUGGUGGUGGAUUUGGAUCUGCGGAUCCUCGACGUCCACAUCGGAUACCCGAGAAGUGUGCACGAUGUCCGUGUCCUGUACAAUUCCCAACUGUGGAGGCGUGCAGAAGCUGCCGAGCUGUUCGACGCACCUCCGGAGAAUCUGCCGCACGGUGUCGUCACGCGAGGUUACCUGCUAGGCGACAACGGUUAUCCAGUUGCCUGUCCAUGGAUCGUGCAACCGUACGGAGGAAUCGACCAAGAUCCUGACGAGGAGCACUUCGACACGCGACAGAAGGUGGCGCAGGGGUGUGUGGAGAGGGCAUUUGGGCGACUGAAGUGCAUGUGGCGUCUGUUCUUGCGCACCCACAAGACAAACCUGGCCUUGCCACAACAAUUCGUGGCCGUGUGCACUCUCCACAACAUCCUCCUCGACGCGGGGAUCGACUUCGAUAAGAACCUUUUGUGGGAGGUGUAUGAGAACGGCAUUCGACGUAGAGUAGACUUGGGCAUUGUAGGGAACGGCGCGGGCGGGUAAAGACGGAGCACGAAUGUGGACGGGGACUUGUUGCGGGAUGCACUUCGAGACCGCCUAGCUCUGAUGUAG